GCUGCUGCAGCCCCGCCGAGACGCCGCCGCCGCCCCGCGAUGUCCAGGAGGAAGCAGAGCAACCCCCGGCAGAUCAAACGCUCCUUUGGUGAAAUGGAGGAAGGGGACGAAGCGCCUCUGGAGGACAGUAGCCACUUGGAGAGAGGGGGGGCCGCCUCAGACCAGGAGGGUUCUGUGGAGGGAGAUUCGUCCGGUUCUCCUUGCAGCGAAGAGGCAGAGCCCAAAGAGAAUUCAGCCAGUCCCAAGGAGCCCGAUAAGCAAGACAUCCCGGAGGAUCCCCAAGAGACGGACCAGUGGAAUGGGCCAGGUGAGCUGCAGCUGACAACAUCCGAGGGCGAGAGCGAAGUCUUUGCCAAGCAGAACGUGCCCGAGGGCUUGUCGUGGGGUCCAUACCCGGGCAACAUCCACAGCGAGCUGGCUGCUUCUCCAGGGCACGGCGAGAUGCCGAACCCCCCUGUGACCCUGAUGCUGGAAGACGAGACAUGCUGGCUCUCGAAACUGCCGUUGGUUCCUGGAGAAGGAGAGGCCAGCUUGGUGGUCUAUAAAAAGGACGACUCUAUCUGGUGCAAAACCACCAAGGCCAUCCCGGAAGGAGAAUCCCUGAAGGCGUUCGUCAUGGCUGAGCCGAUGGGCAUCCCCAACCACACUGUGAAACCUGAGCCCGGGGACCCCGCCUGCCCAGCAGUGCUGCCCCCUGAAAUACAGCUCCUGCCACAGCAGGCGGGCAUGGCUGCAAUCCUGGCCACGGCCGUUGUGAACAAGGAUGUCUUUCCUUGCAAAGACUGCGGCAUUUGGUACCGUAGCGAGCGCAACUUGCAGGCUCACCUUAUGUACUACUGUGCCAGCCGGCAGAACGUUGCGUCGCCCGCGGUAGACGAGAAGCCCAAGGAGGCCUACCCCAAUGAGCGCAUCUGCCCGUUCCCGCAGUGCAAGAAAAGCUGCCCCAGUGCCAGUUCCCUGGAGAUCCACAUGCGCAGUCACAGUGGAGAGAGGCCAUUCGUUUGCCUGAUCUGCCUCUCCGCCUUCACCACAAAAGCCAACUGCGAGCGCCACCUGAAGGUUCACACGGACACGCUGAACGGAGUCUGCCACAGCUGCGGCUUCAUCUCCACCACCCGAGACAUCCUCUACAGCCACCUGGUCACCAAUCAUAUGAUUUGCCAGCCGGGCUCCAAGGGGGAGAUCUAUUCCCCAGGCUCCUCAGUUCCGGCCACGAAACCACUGACCCCAGGUCUAAGCACGCCAGGCCCUGCCCCCACGCUCAAGUGCAGCUUCUGUGGCUACGUGGCCGACAGCUUGCCCAGCCUCCAGCAGCAUGUGGUCCUGCACAGUGCCGCCGCAGCUGUUCUGCCCAGCUCAGAACCUAAAGCUGCCCCAAGCCAGCCAGAGAUCCCUGCCAAGCUGGAUAAGUCCCCCGCUGCUGAGGAAGCAGAGGAUGGUUCCCCUCCACGAGAGCGAAGGUCCUCAGCCUGCUUGAGCGAUGUGGCGCCUUCAGUGCGGGUCAAGGAGGAACCUGUGGACGAGGGGGAAGGUGCCACACAAAUCUCUCCAGGCGUAGCUGCUGGACCUGAACCAGAACCAGACUCUGCCUCACAAGCAUCUUCUCCGCACAGCCUGCCGUCCGUGAAGGUGAAAUCUGAGAAGGCCAGUCCCACGCCAGGGUCCAGCCCCGUGCCCAGUGAGUCGGGAUCAGGCACGACUGGGGGCACGAUAUUUCUGCCACAGUACGUGUUUGGCCACGAGGCCACAGUGGUGCCUCAAGCAUCGGAGAUCCUAGCAAAGAUGUCAGAACUGGUGCAUAGCCGGCUGAAGCAGGGCCAUGGCAGCGUGCCCCCCGCCCUCUUUCCAGGCACCCCGGUGCCCAAGGGGGCCACCUGCUUCGAGUGUGAGAUCACUUUCAACAACAUCAACAACUACUAUGUCCACAAGAGGCUGUAUUGCUCCAGCCGCCGCGUGGCGGAAGAGAGCCCGCCCGGCCCCCGCAAGCUUAAGGCUGCUCAGCUGGCUUCCCCUAAAGGCCCCCCCACGCCUGGGCUGCUCCUCUCGCCCCAGGCUCCUGGAGAGAGUCAGGCGAUGCCGGAAGGAGAAACGGGAAGAGGCAGCCCUCCACCCGUCCCAGAGAUCAAGCAAGAGAUCAAGGUGGAGGAAGGGGGAACGAAGGCGAGCCCCUCCCCUGAAGCCGAUGGCGCAGGGCGUAUUAGCGAGGACAGCCAGAGCCCCAGCAGCAGCUCUGUGGAAGAGCCAGACGAUGAUCCCAGCCGGACAAUUUGUGAAGCCUGCAACAUCCGCUUCAGCCGCCACGAAACGUACGUGGUGCACAAGCGCUACUACUGCGCCUCCCGCCACGACCCACCUCUGCGUCGGAGCGGUGCCGCUGGCAAAGUGCCCUUCCUGCCGCAGCCCAUCCGCACCCGUAAGCGGCGCAAGCUGUAUGAGAUCCACAAUGCCUCCAACCAGCUCAGCAGCACCCCCGAUGUCCCACGCCCCGAAGCGCCCCCAGUGGUUCCCGCCCUCAUUUCUGUGGUCAAGACCACCCCCUCUCCUAGUUCGAGCCCAGAUGCUGAGGGGCCAAUCGACCUGAGCAAGAAGCCCCGUCUGCACAGCGGGGAGGUGCUGUCGGCCUCCCUCCCUCCCCUGGCGGACUACCACGAGUGCACGGCUUGCCGCAUCAGCUUCCACAGCCUGGAUAGCUACUUGGCCCACAAAAAGUACUAUUGCCCUGCCACGCCGUUACAACCCAGCACACUAGAACAACUGCAGAAGAUCAAGGGGGCCAUUCCACCCCUUCUGAAACCUCGAGGCAGCCCUGAGCAUCAACUGAGCGAGGAGCAUGAAGGGGUGUCAAUCAAAGUGGAGAAGGUGGUGCCUUCCUUGAGCCCCGUAGCCCCACCAUCCCCCUAUCCCAGCAUGGACUCCCUUCAGCAGCGCUACCUGGAUGCCAAAGCCCUGCACCUCCACGCUGCUAAGAUGCCCGUGGCUGUGUGCCCCUACUGCCCGCUGAACGGGGCUAUUAAGGGGGACUUAGUGGAGCACUUCCGCAAUGCCCACGGCCUCUUCGUUGCCAAAACUGUGGCCGGUGCCACGUUGAUAGAAGCCACGCGGACGCUGGCUGACAGCACCUUGCUUCCCCCGCUUCCCACCACCUCCCCACCACAGCCCCUCCCUCGAUUGCGCAAAGACAGCUUCAACGGCAAAGAGGCGCCUGUCCCUUCGGUGUCCAACGGGAGCCCACGGUCCACCGUUUCCCCUCAGCCCCUCCUCCCCGUUUCCCCCCUGCCAGAGGCUUCCCCACCUGCCCCUCCUGGGUAUACGGACAAAAGCGUGCAGACCCCGCCUGGCAAAGGCCCUCCGGUCCCCAUCGCCAACGGCAAUCACAGGUACUGCCGCCUGUGCAAUAUCAAGUUCAGUAGCCUGUCGACAUUCAUUGCCCAUAAGAAGUAUUACUGUUCUUCGCACGCUGCCGAACACGUCAAAUAGCACUUCACCUGCCUCUGGCCACACCGGCAUGGAAGCUGGGCUCCCUGGAGCAACUGGCCAAGGUGGACUCCUCCGCAGCCUCGGGUCUGAAAGCGCAGAAGGGUUGGGUUGCCCUAGGAGUUCACAAGGGGAACUGGUUCUCCCGUGAGUGCCAGCGAGGGGCAGCCGAGUGGCAUACGGAGCUGGGGGUAUGUCGACUGUCCCUUGGACCCUAGAGGAGUCAGAGGGAUGCAGUGAACUGCCCUCCUCCUAGCAAGGCUAGUGCCUGAGGGUGGAGGCACAGUAGCAAAAACACACCCAUGAGCCACCCGAGCCCCAGUCAGACGGAAGGGUCCGUCGCCUCCUUUUCCUUCUAGGGAGGGACAGGGGAAAGCGUAGAUGUUUCUGUCUUCAGGUCAGCUAGGGUGGGGCCUGGCCCCGCCUGAUUAAGCCGGGUUUGGGCUUCUGUGACCCGGAACCCUGUCCCUGAGGAUGUUUGGAGAUCAGAGGUGUUCCAGCCCAGCGGCCGUCUUAACUGGAAACGGUGCCGCUGCUGAACGGGAGGCCCCCUUCCUCUUUUUUUGCUAAUGCCCCUCCCAAAGUGGCCCCUUUUCUGCAGAGAGUCAGAGGUCCUCACCCCCCACUUUCAGUUUUCCCACCGUCUGCCUUCCCCGGAUGUCCCUUCCUGCAGGAGAAGCUCCAUCUCUCCGACCUGAUGGAGGCAGCUUUGUUUUUCUGCCGGUGUUUGUAAGGGGCUUUCCCGGUUGAGGCAGGGGCAGAGUCUGAGGCCACCAAAGGUGGAGGCUGGAAUGCAGCAGGUUAGCCUGGGAAGUUGCCCAGAGACCGUGUAUGAACCUGCCUGUUUGACUGGAAGACGUAAGGCUCCAUGAAUGCCAUUUGGCACAGGCUAAUUCCACUUCUCUGGACGAGUGCACUUAAUGGGGCUGUGUAAGCCCCACUCACUGGACAAAAAGCUCCCCAAAGCCACAUGCGUAGCACCCAAUUCCUUUUUGUGCCCACUUCCAGAUGGAUCUUCCACUGGCAUUUGGGUCCACUUUCCUCGUAGGAUGGUGUCAUGAAAGUUUGCCUGGAUUCCAGGGGCCCGGCCCUGGCUCCAGAGUUCGGCUUGGAGCCCCCCCUGGUGGGACUGGAGUGCACGGGCUUUUUUUCAUCCAGUUGUCACUUUCUGCAGAGCAGGGGGCGGGGGCUGCAUUGGGUCUGCGUUACUCCCCUUCCCUUCCCGAAUUGUUGUCCGGUGGGUUGAUGUAGAAUUGAUGUGGACUGGAACAGAAAUGCUAACGAGAGAGCACUGAAGAGGGAGGGUAUCUCCCCUCGGGAACCGUGUGUAUA